GACAGGAACAGCAAAGUGAUGGAGCAAAGCCUUCUGAGGAAGCAGAAACUAUUAAGAAGAGUACAGCCCUGGAAGUGUUGGAAAAAGAACAGACUCAAGGAUUCAUUGUCACCUUUUGCUCUGCAUUGGACGAUAUCCUUGGUGGGGGUGUGCAACUCACCAAAAUUACAGAGAUCUGCGGAGUGCCAGGUGUUGGAAAAACACAAUUGUGCAUGCAGCUAGUCGUGGAUGUGCAGAUUCCAGAAUGCUUUGGUGGACUUGCUGCAGAAGCUAUAUUCAUAGAUACCGAGGGGAGCUUUAUGGUUGAUCGGGUUGUGGAUAUAGUAGACGCCUGUAUUCAUCACUGUCAGCUUAUUGCUGAAGUGCACCCAGAAGAAGAUCAUCAAAUAGCCCUGGAGACUUUCUCUCUUGAAAAUAUUCUUUCACAUAUCUAUUACUUCCGUUGCCAUGACUAUAUGGAACUGCUGGCACAGGUUUACCUCCUCCCAGAUUUUCUCACUGGACACCCAAAGGUAGUGUUGACCAAUCAGAUGACCACACGCUUUGAACAGAAUCAUUCCUCUUUGGUACCUGCCUUAGGGGAAAGCUGGGGUCACGCAGCUACCAUACGUUUAAUUUUGCACUGGAAUAACAAGCAGAGGUUGGCCACAUUGUACAAGUCUCCAAGUCAAAAGGAGUCGACCGUACCCUUUUGCAUUACAUCUCAUGGAUUCAGAGAUGUUCAGCACUCAGAUUCAGAUCUGAUCCCAGCAGAAAACGAAGCAAAUCCUCGUAAAAGGCCACGAACAGACCAGGUAGAAGAACAGUGAAUCAGAAAAAAUAAAUUUCAAGUAUGCUUCCUUUUUAAAAUGAUAGUAUUACAAGAUGGAUAUGCAGGUACCUCAGAGAGUAGCAUGAAUAAAAAGUGUGAAUUC